AUGGCGGAAGUAUCCAAGCUCCGCGCAAUUCUCACACUGUGCAAGAAUCUGGUGCUGGCAGCAUUGCUCUACGCAGCCAUCUACGGUGUCAUCACCUUCAUAAACGACCCUUCCGUAGCCGCAAAGGGCAAGAUUGGCAUCCCUGCCUUCUUGGACAAAGCUGGGCCUACCGAAUUGAUCGAGACGACCAAGGCAGGAGUCAAAGUCAAGUUUGCGGGCACCACCAAGACCGUUACUAUCAACCCUCACGCCAAUGUCUUCAACCGUCCUAUCACCGCUGUAAAGAACAAGGACGAUUACUUGGGUCCCCGCCCCCAUGUCGAUACCGAGGCCGACAUUGAUAUGCUGAUUGAAGAGUGCCGGGGUACUUAUGCUGGGAUUGAGAAGAUGAGGAGGCCGUUUGACUGUCUGAAGUUCUUCGCUGAGGGCGAGGACCGCUACUACAGCCUCCCAGAGCCCGCCGACCGAGCCAGUGCUUCAGACCCCCGCAAGGCCGACUUCAUCGACGCCGACGGACACGGCAAGACUCUCGAGAACUAUACACCUAUAAAAGACGCGAUUGCUGCCAACGGGUCCAACAUCGGCACUUGCCCAGGUCCAAUCAUCCCGUUUCACACCUACUGGACCGGACCUGCUACGUGGAGAGUCGAGGCAUUCAUCAAGAGCUACCUCUACACCCAGAAUCUGGCCUGCUCUCGUCUUUGGUUAUGGCUCGACACCGAUCACAACCCCAACGCGGUUGAAAACAUGCUCAACAAGGACGCCCUAUUCGCCCGAUUCAUUCCCCUGGUCGACAGAGGUGACAUUGUUGUCAAGGGUUGGAAGUUCCCCAGCCGCAUUCCAUUGGCUACUGACAAGGAGGACAAGAACGGCUUCGACUACUACAGCAAACCUGGAGCGGUAAACGCCAAGGGAGAGAAGGAUGUGGCCGAAAACAUCAUCGAAGACAAGACUGGUCAACAGUGGCUCGUUCUCACUCAAAAGCAGAUGACCUUCCUUCCAGUCGCAGUUUCCGAUGCCGUUCGUUUCAUCGUGUUGCAUAUCUAUGGAGGCGCCUACUUUGACAUGGAUGUUCUCAUGCUCCGAGACAUGCGACCGCUUCUACUACCAAAGGAGCACUCUUGGGCAGAGCGAUGGGCUGCACACCCCCACCCUGGCGACUACAACACAGCCAUCAUGUCACUGUCUGCGAACUCCUCCCUCUCGUCAUACUUGCUCUACGGCGGCAUCAGAAUGGGUGUCAACUUCCAUCCACGCGUGCUUGGUCGUAUGGCUUGGAAGGACGGACGCGAUCAAGAGUUCAAGAUGUUUGAGACUGCUGCCUUCGACCCUAUCUGGACCGAGUUCAACUGGGACCGUGAGGGACGAUGCACAGUACCAUGCAUCCGCGAUUACAGCGCAGUCUUCAAGGGCAAGAUUGGCGGCGUCAAGGAUGAAUGGGAGAGCUACGAUGGACCCCAACUAGAUCGCAUCGACCUCAAGGACGCGCAACGCAAAGAGCUUAGGACGGCUGGCGAUGCAUUAGCCAAACGCGGGGAGGAAAAUGUGCCCGCUUCUGCUGCUUUACCUACGCCCAAUCACGGCGACAAAGAACAUCCCGAUUCGUUUCAAGCCACGCUUGACGAAGAGGCUGAGCUUCGCAAGGCCGGUGUGAUUACUGAUUACGUUUUGGCCGAAGACAAAUUCCCACCCAACAACCGUACAUUGGAGAACUUCUUCCGGGGUGCCUGGACCUACCACAUCCACAAUCAGUGGAUGAAACAUCCUGAACCUUCGUCAUGGAUCUCGGUCCUCGAACACGCUCACGACGGGUUCAUCGCUGGCAAGCGCACGAACGCUUAUGGCGAGAAGUGGACGGGUCCCAGCAUUAUGCCAUACAACUACUGGCCAGAGUAUGUGUGA